UCCGCACCGCCACUCAAACUCACGCGGGGAGUUUCAUGCCACAGCAAGUCAGUGCGCAGCGCUGGAUGAGCCUCAAGAACUAUUGCAUGAAACACGAGCGGAGAGAAGAGACGCUGAUUAAAAGUAAGUCCGUUUUUGCGACGCUCGCGUGUCUGCAAAAGAGCCGCGACGGCAACAACAUGAGCGCGGAUCUGAGUAUGGGUCCGGAGCUACCCAGCAGCCCUCUGGCUCUGGAAUAUGUCAACGAUUUUGACCUGAUGAAGUUUGACGUGAAGAAGGAAGGCCUGGCCGGGCUGGAGCGCGGCGGGGUGCGCCAGUGCAACCGCCUCCAACCGCAGGGUUCAGUGUCCUCCACUCCCAUCAGCACACCCUGCAGCUCGGUGCCCUCAUCGCCCAGCUUCAGCCCCACGGAGCAGAAGAACCACCUGGAGGAGCUGUACUGGAUGCCCAGCAGCGGCUACCAUCAGCAGAUAGACCCGCAGACGCUGAGUCUGACCCCGGAGGACGCGGUGGAGGCCCUGAUUGGGUCCACGGGGCACGGCCACCCUCCGCCUCCGCAUGUGCAGCAGCAGCUGCAGCAGCAGGGCGCCUUCGACGGCUACAGGAACCCGCACCACCACCACAGCCACCACGGCCACAACCAGCAGCACCAUCACGCAUACGCGGGGGGGCUCCCGCACCACGCCGAGGAACUGUCCGGACACCCGGGCGCGCACAGUCACCCACACAGCCAGCACCACCACCACCACAGCCAGGACCCCGACAGCCCGUCCCCGGUGUCCCCGGACCCCCACCAGCCGCUGCACCACCACCACCGCCACCACCACCACCACGGCCACCUCAGCCAGUCCGCGGCGCACCACGGCGGCGGCGGCGGCGGCCUCAACGUGGAGGACCGCUUCUCCGACGACCAGCUCGUGUCCAUGUCCGUGCGGGAGCUGAACAGACACCUGCGCGGCUUCAGCAAGGACGAGGUGAUCCGCCUGAAGCAGAAGAGGCGGACCCUGAAGAACCGGGGCUACGCGCAGUCCUGCCGGUUCAAGCGCGUGCAGCAGAAGCACGUGCUGGAGAACGAGAAGACGCAGCUGAUCAACCAGGUGGAGCAGCUGAAGGCGGAGAUCGGCCGCCUGGCGAGGGAGAGGGACGCCUACAAACUCAAGUGCGAGAAACUGACCGGGUCAGGGGCCAGUAACGGCUUCCGCGAGGCCGGGUCCACCAGUGACAACCCGUCAUCGCCAGAGUUCUUCAUGUGAGUUGUCAAACAAACAAAAAAAAACAAAACUCUUCCUUCACCCUCCUCAUCCUCAACCACCACCUUCUCCUCCUCCAGUCCACGAACGACUGAACUGACUAUGAUGAGCAUAGAAAAACAAUAAUAAUCCACUCUUUUCUCCCCCCCCCCCUUCUCUGCCCUGUUUAUGAUUAUACGAGUAACAAUUAUAUUCAUAUUAGAAAAAGAAAUAAUCCACCAACUAGUACUCGCUCUCGUGUGUAACCAUCUCUCCAUCCACGUGACAACUGAGAUACAAAGAGCAACUGUAGAGUGCGAUGAGGAUGAUGAUGAUGAUGAGUCGCAGCAUCUUUGUAGUGUAGUUGCUUGUAGUGAAGAGACUUUUUUUUUUAUAUAUAUAUAUUUUUCAUUUCCUUCUUCAAACAAGAGGAUCCUGGCUGAUGAACUUUUUCUUUUUCUUCUUUUAUUUGUUUGUUUCCCCCCCCUUUCUCUCUCCUUUUAAAUAAUCCUUCCUGUAGUGAGUGUAGUGUGGGAUGGCGUGCAGGUCAUAGAGUUGUCAUGUAAUUGUGUUCAUCUGGAAAAAAAAAAAAGGAUGACAUUCUUAUGGAACAACAAGUAGCUACAAAUCCACACAAUCCUCCCCAAUCUUAGACUCCACCACACUUUAUGCAAAAAGUUUGAACUUCUAAACCCGUCACUGCACUGGGAGGGAGGGGAGGGGAG